AAAUCGUGACGCAUUUUGCGGCGCCUUCUUGCGAAGUCUAAGGGGAGUUUAUGUUUCUCAGUGAAACUGCCAAAUCCCCAAAGUCUUUAGUGGGGUAUUUGUUUCAGUCACUAGUUUGUUGGUGUAAUUUCAAAUGGGGGAUGAAAAAGACACUUGGAAAGUGAAAACGUUGGACGAAAUUUUGCAGGAAAAAAAGCGCAGGAAGGAACAAGAGGAAAAACUAGACGCAAAGCGUUUAAGGAAUACUGAUGAUCGAGAUUCUAAACGAGACUCCCUGGAAGAAGGGGAGCUACGAGAUCAUCGCAUGGAGAUAACCAUUAGAAAUUCACCUUAUGAGAGGGAAGAUUCCCUAGAGGAGAGGAAUGAUGAGGAUGACUCUCUGUCUAUCCACCCUCCCCAGCAAACAAGUAGAAAAGAAAAAAGUCAUCAUAGGAAGGAAGAGAAACGGAAAGAGAAACGGAGGCGCCGCAGCCAUUCCAUUGAAGGAGGGAAGUACAUGAGAGUGAAAGAAAAGGACCGUGAACACGACAGAAGAAAACGACGGCGGGAGGAACAUGAUAAAGCUCGACGAGAGUGGGAGAGGCAGAGAAAGAGGGAGAUGGCACGUGAACACUCCAGGAGGGAACGGGAUCGACUGGAGCAGUUAGAACGUCAGCGAGAACGUGAAAAGAAGAUGAGGGAGCAGCAACAAAGAGAGCAACAAAGGGAAUUGAAGGAGAGAGAGAGACGUGCUGAAGAGAGAAGAAAAGACAGAGAUUCCAGGAGGGAAGUUAGUUCAUUUCAUCGAAUUGUGAGAGAAGAUAGCGCUGAAAAAGGAAAAUCAAUACAGCGCCGAUUUAGUCCUUCGAGACUGUACAGAGAACGAUCUGAAAUGGGUGAAGGCAGAAAAGCAGCAAAAGAAGAUAAACAUGAUGAAAGAGAUCUUUUGUUAGAUCUGCAAGAUAUCAGUGAUACUGAAAGAAAAACUAGUUCAGGACAGUCCUCUUCAGAAUCAGCUACAGCUUCAGAGGAAGAAGAUGAUAGCAGUACUGCAGAAUCUGAGGAAGAGGAUGAAGAGUUGGAAACUGGAAGUAAUUCUGAAGAAAUCUCUGAAAUUUCAGCUGAAGAAUUAACUGAGGAGGAACAAAGUGAGGAGGAUGAGCAGGAAAAUGAGCAUCGCGGCCCUGAAGAAGAAUUAACUGAAGAGGAACAAAGUGAGGAGGAUGAACACGAAAAUGAGCAUCGCGGCCCUGAAGAAUCAAGGUUCGAUCCAGAGUCUGAAGAGAGUGUGGAAGAGGAGGAGGAAGAGGUGCCUGGAGCAUCACCUCAGUCAAAUGCCCCCACAGAAGGAGGAGGAGAGUAUGUGCCUGACUCUCCACCACUGUCUCCUGUUGAGCAGAAGAAGGAACUGCCUAAAUAUCUUCCUGCAUUGCAGGGAUGCCGCAGCGUGGAGGAGUUCCAGUGCUUGAACCGAAUAGAAGAAGGUACUUAUGGUGUGGUUUAUAGAGCGAAAGAUAAAAAGACAGAUGAGAUUGUGGCUUUAAAGAGGUUAAAAAUGGAAAAAGAAAAAGAGGGAUUUCCAAUAACAUCGCUAAGAGAAAUUAACACCAUCCUGAAAGCACAGCAUCCAAAUAUUGUCACUGUCAGAGAAAUUGUUGUGGGCAGCAACAUGGACAAGAUCUAUAUUGUGAUGAAUUAUGUGGAACAUGAUCUCAAGAGUUUGAUGGAAACAAUGAAGCAACCUUUCCUACCAGGCGAAGUGAAAACACUGAUGAUACAACUCCUUCGGGGGGUGAGACAUCUUCAUGACAACUGGAUACUUCAUCGCGACUUGAAAACAUCCAAUUUGUUGUUUAGUCACUCAGGAAUAUUGAAGAUUGGAGACUUUGGAUUGGCACGCGAGUAUGGAUCCCCUCUGAAGCCCUACACACCAGUGGUUGUUACACUUUGGUACAGAGCACCUGAAUUAUUACUUGGAGCAAAGGAAUACUCCACUGCAAUAGACCUGUGGUCUGUUGGUUGUAUUUUUGGGGAACUCUUAACUCAGAAACCACUGUUUCCUGGGAAAUCAGAAAUUGACCAAAUCAAUAAAAUUUUUAAGGACCUAGGUACUCCCAGUGAGAAGAUAUGGCCUGGAUAUAAUGAACUCCCAGCAGUAAAAAAGAUGACAUUCACAGAGUACCCUUUCAACAAUUUGCGGAAGAGGUUUGGCGCUCUCCUUUCGGAUCAGGGCUUUGACCUUAUGAAUAAAUUCUUAACAUACUGUCCUGCUAAGAGAAUUAGUGCAGAGGAAGCUUUGAAACAUGAAUACUUCCAGGAGACUCCACUUCCCAUUGACCCAUCAAUGUUCCCGACAUGGCCAGCGAAGAGUGAACAGCAGAGAGUGAAACGUGGAACCAGCCCUCGCCCACCUGAAGGAGGAUUUGGAUAUAGUCAGCUGGGUGAAGAUGACAUCAAAGAUACUGGUUUUCAUCUGACCACCACAAAUCAAGGAGCUUCAGCUGCAGGACCUGGCUUCAGCCUGAAGUUUUGAAUUUGUUUCAGGACAGAGACAGGAAUUAUUAAUGUUGUUGGCAUAAAACUCAGGACAGAACUACAUGAGUGAAUAGUCUCAAGCUGUUGCUGUCAGUGGAGAAGGCAGCAUGAUCCAGUGGUUGAAAUAAGUAACAAAACAAAAAGUACUGAGAUUUAAAUCAUUAAAGAAUAGCAGUCAAAUUUAGCAAAGGUAGAGACCCAUGUGGGCUUUCACUGGCUUUGGUUUGGCAUUGUGGACAAAGAAAGUAUCACUCCCAUUUUUCUGUCAUUGGAAUGUGUUGAAACAGUAAAGCAUCACACAGUAUUGAUUUCCAUGAGAUUUCGAUGGGUAGUGAGUCACUUUAUUAUUUCCAGAGCACUGCUGGUAUGCAGAGAAAAUGACAUUUGCACUUGUUGAUCUCAGACUUCAGGUUGCUGAAAGGUAUUUAUCAGCUUGAUACCAGAUGCAGUGAUGGCAGGUGUACAACAGUUUGAUGCUUUUUCUUUCAUUAUACUACUGUUCUUUCUAACUUCUUCGUGGAACAGUUAUAAACCUCUACACUGUGUAACAAUCUAUUAUUUUGUGCAGGCAUGUCAUUGCUUGUGCCUCUCUGCUGAUGAUGUCGUGUUAGAAAAUCUGAAACACUUGUGUUGUAGAACAAGGAUGUUCAUCAUUAUUUCCUCCAGUGGCAUCUUGAAAGAGGAUAAACUGUUUAGCAGAAAAGUAAUGAAAUGUAACCAUGUGAACAGAUCACAUUCUGCCUGCAAGAUAACUAGUGCUGGACAAUCUGCUCAAUAAGGAAUUAAAGACUUGGGUCUUGGUAGUAUUUCAUGUAAAAGAUAACAUUACAUUCAAAUAUUUUAAUGGAACCCUUUAGGUGUUUUUACCACAAAUUGUACUCUGCUGAAGACAUUACAAAAUUGUAAAUGGAGAUCCAUGUUUUCCAUUAGACUGUUGGCUUUCAGAUGUAUAUUUUGUAUUAAAAAAAGAAGGAAAGUUUUUGACGGAGAAGUGUUAACUUUUUAGGUUUGGAUCUUGAAAAAUUAAAUAAAAAAUGAUAAAAAUGGAAA